AUGUUCCACCACUUGACAGGAGCGAGACUGCCCGUGCGUCGCCUGGUGAACAGCGGACGUGGGAGGAGCCUGGGCACUGCAGCUGGCCGCAUAGUGGGGGGCCAGGAAGCCACCAGCGGGCAGUUCCCGUACCAAGUGUCACUGCAGUAUACUGAACUGUUCACCCGAUCACAUAUGUGUGGAGGCUCCAUCAUAUCCACCACGAGGGUGCUCACCGCUGCUCACUGUAUCAUGGACACCGGCACCUACUAUGCGGUAGCUGGAGAAGUGGACUUUUCCUCUGAAGACGGCACCGAGCAGGAGUCGCAGGUACUUCAGCAGAUCCCGCACCCCGACUUCCCAGGAACUGUUCGUAAUCAUACAAGUGAAGUAUGUUUACUCUUACUCUUCAGAGGUCUUGAGAUACACCCAAACGAUAUCGCUAUCUUCACGCUGAGCUCCGCGUUCUCCCUCAACUCUUACGUGCAGACUAUUCCUCUGGCCAGCGCUGGAUCCAUUCCGACAGCUGGUUCGACUGGGAUUGCUUCCGGUUGGGGCGCCACCGAUUACACUGUCGCCCCUGACAUUCUGCAGUGGGUGGAGGUGACCAUCGUCGACUUCCAGACUUGCCGCCAGCUGAUCGACGACUUGGGCAUAGAGGACAACCCCGUGGUGGACACCAUGGUGUGCACCGGCCCAGUCACCGGUGGAAUCAGCCUCUGCGGCGGUGACUCUGGUGGACCUUUGGUGCAAGACGGGGUGUUGAUAGGCGUGGCCCAGUGGGCUUACUCCUUAUGCGGCUACGAGGGCGCUCCAUCCGGUUGCACCAGGGUCUCCGCCUUCAUCGAUUUCAUCAACGACAACCUGUAA